AUUAAAGGACAUAGAAGUCUGGUAUCGGAAGACCAGCGGACUGGGUGGGUUAAAAAUUGGCUCUUGCUUUGACUCCUUAAGCGCGUCAGCUUCUAUUUUUUUUUAAUUCUGCGAACAAUGGCUGCCUUGCUUUACCUGGUCGGUGUACUUGGAGCCUUGGUGAGCACAAGUGCUUCCAGUGAUUUCGUGCGAUAUGAACCGGUUGAUGUGCUUCGCCCAUUUGUGAGCACCAUGGUUCAGAGCGCCCCAUUGUGUGACGCUUGCGAGAGUUUGGUGGAAAUGCUGAAGAAUCUCACUGAAAACAAGCAUAGGCUGGAUGAGCUGGUCAACACCCUCUUGCCUCUGUGUGGGUUGUUGCCUUCCGAACUGAGUGAUACCUGCAUUUUAUUCAUCCGCGAAAUCCCUGCAGCUGUGGAUUACCUGGCGGACAUGUACCUGGAUCCCAAGCAGGAUUGUGAGUUUUUCUGCGCAGGAGCACGCAAGGCCUCCCAGAUGAACAUUUUCAAGCAGAAGGCCAAGAAGCAAAUGAACUAGAACGGAUGAGAGAGAGAACUUGUCAUACGAAGGAUCUGAAAUUUAGCUUGGAUUCUUUUAAGCAAGAUAACUAACUAAUUUUGGUGCCAUCAUAUUGGGACUUUUUUUUUGCAUAGUAUUGCUUUUUCCUAUACAUGUAUCUGCCCAGUUGGGCACUGUGUGUAGUUCAAUGUAUGUGACACUCUAAUAUUGAUUCAUUUUAACGAAAAGGUUAUAGAGCAGUAGCAGGUAACCGCUACCACAUGUAUCAAUAGAAAUGCAUACCUUCUUUAAAUUUCGUGACCAAAAUCGUUUUCAGAUUUCCUCUGCCUAUCCAAUUAACUCAGAAACCGCCAUUGGAUGUGACGGAAAGUCAGCAUUUGUAGAACGGCGCUCUUCUGUAAAAUCUUCUUAUUCUAAACAAAAUACCAAUUUGUUUGUCUUGCUUUGCACCAUUACACAUAGCUAAAAUUCCCAGGUAGUUCUAAACAGAAAAAAUAAUCUAUUAGAAAAUUACUUUCGCUUCCAACUGAGUUGAUUCAGUUUGGUAUUAAUGAAAAUGGGCAACAGACAUUUCAACAUAUUUGCUGACCGUGAAUGUUAUUUAGACAUCGAAGGAACACUUUUGGCGAUUAAUGUGUGCAUUAAUACUACAUGUAAUACGGUUGAUGAAAUUUACUAAAAAUGCGUUGUGUUAUGA